AUGGCCGAAAGCGUGCUCAACGACAUCUCGCAUCGGAGAUUCAAUCCUCUCCGCGGCUCAUACAUUCUGGUGUCUCCUCACCGGACCAAGAGACCAUGGCAAGGACAACAAGAAUCACCAUCAAAAACGACUCUCCCAGAAUACGACCUGGCAUGUUACCUCUGUCCUGGAAACACUCGCGCCCAGGGUGACGCCAAUCCGCAGUACAAAAACACCUUUGUCUUUGUCAAUGACUACAGCGCCGUGAAGGAAGAGCAGGCAGAUUACCAGCCAGAGGAGAAAGGCGCAGAAUCAUUCUUCCUUCGCGCCGAGCCUGUCGUCGGCAAAUGCUACGUCCUCACCUUCUCCUCCGCCCACAACAAAACCCUUGCAGAUUUAUCUGCUGCAGAGAUCGUCCCCGUAAUCGACGCCUGGACAGAAAUCUAUACCUCUCACUUAUCACCCAAAAACCCCCUCGCCGCCGUUGCGCCGGCAACCCACUUACCCCCCGAGGCGCCAACCGCGUCUCUCACCAAACCUAAGUCGCAAUAUCGAUAUAUGCAAAUCUUCGAAAACAAGGGUGCCGCCAUGGGAUGCUCAAACCCACAUCCGCACGGUCAGGUGUGGACAACCAGCAGUCUACCUGAAGAACCAGCCAUUGAACUGGAACAACUCCAAAAAUACCGCUCAGAACACCGUGGUAGCCAUAUGCUGGGAGACUACGUCGCUCUUGAAUGCCAAAAGCAAGAGCGCAUCGUCUUCGAGAAUGAUGGGUUUGUGGUUCUUUGUCCCUGGUGGGCGACGUGGCCAUUUGAGACUAUGAUUAUUUCCAAGACCCAUAAACGCGCGCUUGUAGAUUUGAAUACCGACGAAAAAAUGCAGCUGGCGGAGGCGAUUGCGGAGAUUACGCGACGAUAUGAUAAUCUAUUUGAGACGCAUUUUCCGUAUAGUAUGGGGAUUCAUCAGGCGCCGUUGGAGGGGACGGAGGAGGAGGUUGAGGCGUCGUGGUUGCAUUUGCAUUUUUAUCCGCCGUUGUUGAGGAGUGCGACUGUGCGAAAGUUCUUGGUUGGAUACGAGAUGAUGGCUGAGCCUCAACGAGACAUCACCCCCGAACAGGCGACGACAAAACUGCGCGCUUGUGGUGGAGAGUUGUAUAGGAAGAAGCUGUAG